AUGGAACCCCUGAAAAGAGCUCAAGUACUACUCCAAUGUGACCUGUGUCAAAGCGAUUCAUUACAGAGUCAUUGUGAAUUUUGUCAGGUAAACCUGUGUAAGGCCUGUGUAGGGGAACAUCUCUCUGAUUCUUCCCAAAGACACAAUGUUGUACCGUACAAAUAUAGAUCUUCUGCUCCUUACUACCCAAAAUGUCCUGACCACACCAAUACACAUUGUGAAUUUUAUUGUGAGAUAUGUGACGUUCCUGUCUGUUCUACCUGCAUCUCCUCUGAUAAACAUAAAGGGCAUACAUUUACAGAUGUUCUGAAAAAAGUACGUUCCAAGAAAAAAGAAUUAGAAAAAGACUUGGAAGAACUAGAGAAACGAAUAUAUCCUGCAUAUGAAGAAAUUACAUUAGAUUUAAACUCAGAAAAAGUAAACUUUGAAAACCAUUAUAAGAAUCUGACAACAGCUGUCACCAAACAAGAAAAAAACUUGCACAGAGAAAUUAGCAUCAUUGUUAACAAACAGAAAUCUGAAAUCGAUGAGAUGAAAAAUAAACACUCGGUUGCUGAAAAUGAACAUGAAAAAGAAAUUAAACAGAUUACGUCUGAUGUAAAACAGAGUAUCAAUGACCUGAAGAAAAUACUAUACUCCAAUGAUGUCUCCUUAACUUCUGUGUAUAGAUCCAGGAAUGCUGAAUUCAGAGGUUUACCUCCUAAAGUCAAUGUUUCCUUACCACGUUUCACUCCUCAUCAAAUAAACACAGAACAGCUCCAUCAAAUGUUUGGUUCUUUGUCAGCAAUUACCAUUACAAAAGAAGCACAUAGCAACACAAUAAAGACCCCAGAAGCUGUAUCCUGUCCUCCAGCCAAAUCACUACUUGAUGCAGCCGAGUUUAUCACCAGCAUACAAACAAAGUAUAAUUACCUAUACAAUGUUACCUGUCUCAGUGACGAAGAAAUCUGGACACAUGGAGAAGAAAAUAUCAUGAAACUCUACAACCUCCGGGGUGAAGUACUAAGGUCAAUCAUAACCAAGUCAGGGAACAAUCCACGUGACACAGCAGUGACAAGAAGUGGAGAUCUAGUUUAUAUUGACAUAUAUACAAGUACUGUAAACAUAGUGAAGAAUGAACAGAUUCAGGAAGUUAUUAGACUACAGGGAUGGAAACCUCAUAAUAUUUGUGGAACCACUACGGGUGACCUCCUUGUAACCAUGGACAGUGCUAAUGGUGAACACUCAAGAGUUGUCCGUUACUCUGGCUCUACAGAGAAACAAACCAUUCAGUUUGACAGUGAAGGUAAAUCUUUGUACUCAUAUGGUUAUACGAAAGACAUCAUUGAGAACAGGAACCUUGAUAUCUGUGUGGCUGACUGUAAUGCCAAAGCAGUAGUGGUGGUAAACCAGGCCGGAAAAUUCCGAUUUAGAUACACUGGAUAUAGCUCUUCUACCGCCAGACCACUUGAUUUAAUCGGAAUCACAACAGACAGCCAGAGUCAGAUCCUGAUAUCAGACCGUAAAAACAACUCUAUUCACAUCCUAGAUCAACACGGACAGUUACUCUCUUACAUUCGUAAUUGUGAUCUACACCUUCCAUGGGGUUUAAGUGUAGACACCAAAGACAACCUCUUUGUGGCUGAGUUUCACAGUCAUAAAGUGAAGAAAAUCAAAUACAUGUAAAUACUUCAAAGUAAUUGACAGUUUCUAUGACU